CCCACAUGGCUUUACUGCUAAAUAAUUCAGAGCUGUUCCUGACAGGCAACCUUAUUCCUUUUGGUUUGUUCACAGGAACUGAAGGAAAGAGAAAAACUGUUUAUCAUAUUAAGAAGCUGGUGUUCUUGGAACAAAAUGAAACUAUCUGUGCUGUUUCUGCUCAUUUGUUUAUAUGAUGGAACUGACAGCAAAAAGGAUCAUCCAGUUGUUACCACUAAAUAUGGACAGCUGAAGGGAAAACGUCUUGAAGUAAAGGGAAUUGAUGAUGCCGUGUAUGCUUAUAUAAGCAUUCCAUUUGCAAAGCCACCUGUUGGACCACUGAGAUUUUCUCCACCUCAGAAUCCUGAACCUUGGGAAGGAGUGAGAGAUGCUAGUGUUUCCUACCCACCAGUGUGUGUACAAGACAGGAACCAUUUAGAAGGCAUAUUUAAGCUAGUAAAUGUGCAGUUGCCUUCAGUUGAGAUGAAUGAAGACUGUCUGUACUUAGAUGUGUACACUCCUGUACAGCCAGAUGAGACUGCUAACCUACCGGUAAUGGUAUUCAUCCACGGAGGAGCACUAGUGACUGGCGGCACAUUCUUAACAGACGGAUCACCUCUCGCAGCCUAUGAGAAUGUAGUGGUUGUAAUAAUCCAAUAUAGACUUGGCAUCCUAGGAUUUUUCAGCACUGGUGAUGAACAUGCUCGUGGAAAUUGGGGUCUCCUAGAUCAAGUUGCUUCUCUACGGUGGGUACAAGAGAACAUCAGGAGCUUUGGAGGUGACCCAGAUUCUGUUACCAUUUUUGGAGAGUCAGCAGGAGCAUUCAGUGUUUCAAUGCAGAUUCUGUCUCCUUUGUCUAAGGGCCUUUUUCACAAGGCAAUUUCUGAAAGUGGAACAGCAAUUCUUCCUGGAUUGUUCACUGCCUAUCCACAGUCAAUUGCAAAGAUCAUUGCUAAUGCUUCUGACUGUGACUCAUCGGACUCUGCAUCCAUGGUUGAGUGUCUACGAAAGAAAAGUGGAGAAGAAAUCAUAAAUGCUGCGGUUUUAGCGAAUGUUAUAGCACCAGCAGUUGUAGAUGGAGUUUUCUUAACAAAAACACCCGAGGAACUUCUUCUAGCUGAAGAAUUCAACAGUGUCCCUUAUUUGCUAGGAGUUAACAACCAUGAGGCUGGGUGGCUUAUUCCUAAUCUAAUGCUUCAGCCUGGCUGGCAACAUGGAAUAGACCGUCCAACAAUAGACGCCACAAUAGAAUAUUAUUCCAUGGCAAUGGGAGCAGGCAAUAAACUUGUGCCAUUUAUAGAUGGGGAGUACUUCAAAGAUAUAGAGGACCCACCUGUGCUACGUGACCGUCUCCUUGAAAUGCUAGGAGAUAUGCUUAUGGUAAUCCCAACAGUUAGAGUUGCUAAUCAUCACAGAGAUGCUGGCUACCCUGUGUAUUUGUAUGAAUUUCAGCACCGCCCCAGUAUUUAUAAAGACAUCAAACCAGAUUUUGUAAAAUCUGAUCAUGCAGAUGACCUGAUAUUUGUUUUUGGCAACAUGUUCUCCAACAGCGAAAUUGCCAUGGCUGAAAACGUAACUGAAGAAGAAAAAACAUUAAGUAGAACAGUUAUGAAAUACUGGUCCAACUUUGCUUACAAAGGAUUUCCCAAUGGUAAAGGAUUGCUAGAAUGGCCUCUUUAUGAUUCCAAAGAAAAAUACAUGGAGCUUGAUAUAAAACAAAACAUAGCAAGUCACUAUAAGGAGAACAGAGUGACAUUUUGGACAAAAACUGUCCCUGAACAGCUAACGAAAGUAGCAGAACAAUCCACUGAACACACUGAACUAUGAUAUGCUUAAAACAAAUUAAGAGCAGCAAAUGUGUUUUAUAUCCAAUAACAUAGAGAAAGAGCAAAGAAAGAAAAUAAUUACACUGGCACAAAAUAAAACAUAUCUUAUCGGAAA